GUAAACAUAAAACAACCAAAUUCAAUUGACACACAAAACAACCAAGUUCAAUUGACUAUCAAAGUUAAAACUUAAAGAGUAUGGAAAGCGUAAAGCUAUUUGGUGCUUGGCCAAGUCCAUUUAGCAGCAGAGUGAUUUGGGCACUCAAAUUAAAAGGUAUUAAAUAUGAUUAUAUUGAAGAAGAUCUUACGAACAAAAGUUCAUUGCUUCUACAAUUUAAUCCUGUUCAUAAGAAAGUCCCGGUUUUGGUUCACAAUGGAAAACCUAUUUGUGAAUCUUUGAUUAUCCUCGAAUACCUCGAGGAUGUUUUGCCUCAUCAGCAUCAACUACUGCCCAAGGAGCCGUUUGAACGUUCCAUGGUCAGAUUUUGGGCUAAAUUUACUGAAGAUAAGGGAAUAGCCAUUUGGAUACUAUUUCGAACCACGGGAGAGGACCAAGUCAAAGCUAAAAAAGAAAGCUUAAACAUGCUAACAACUUUGGAAGAGCAUGGUCCUCUAGGAAACAAUAAUUUUUUUGGAGGUGAAAAAAUUGGGUUUGUGGAUAUUGCACUUGGAAGUGUAAUAUAUUGGUUGGAAGUUAUUGAGAAAAUUGUGGAAGUUAAGUUAUUUGAAGCCACGACUUUCCCAAAGUUGCAUAAAUGGUACAACAACUUCAAAGAUGUUCCAAUAAUCAAGAAUAAUAUCCCUGAUCAGCACCAACUGUUUUUGUUCUUCAAGAAGCUAAGAGAUAAUAUUAUGGAGCCUACACCUAUGUGAGACCGACUAUGAUUGAAAAUAUUAGGUGCACCUGGGUACAAAGUGCACCUAAUAGUAUUUUUAUGUCCAUGGAUGGUCCCCUCUCACAUUUUCUCCUCACACGUAAGGGAAAAUGUAAGAGGGUGCACCUAAUAUGUUCUAGACUAUUAUUACUCCUAGUUUUAGAGGUGUCAAAUUGGGUAUCUGAGUCAAGAUGGUUUUGGUUUGAGUUAUGCUGGUUUGAGUUAUGCUGGUUCGAGUUAUGUUGGGUCAUCUCAAGUUUUGUUUGCUCUUAUUCUGGCGUGUACUUUUUUUUUCAAUAAUUUUUUUUCCAGUGGUUGAGUGUGUUCAUUCUAUUUCUACUUAUUUAAUUAAGUAGUAAUAGUAUUUGUAUACAAUGCAAAAAUUUAUGUAUAUAUAUUAGGACAAAUUGUUUUUUACCUGCCACCUGAAAAUUCGAAAAUUUAUUUUUUACCAUCUAAAAAAAUUAAAACUUAUAUUCUACCACCUAAAAAAAAAAUAUUAAAAGGUGUUUUUUAGCACCGGAAAACAGAAAAAAUAUGAAAUCGUUAUGUGGGGUUUACUAAUUCAAAUUUCCUCCAAUUUUAUACACUCCCUCUGCUAUUUUCUUUAACUCCUUUACACUCCUCUCUUCAUUUCAAUUGAAAUUUGUUAAUUUAUUAAUGAGAGAAAAAAUUAUGUGAAUUUAUAAAAGGAUUGAAGUAGGGGAAGAGAAGGGAGUUAAAUACAUGAAAUCAUGGAAGAAGAGAAAAUAUUAGAUUAUCGUUAUUGUGUCCCUCCACAUAACGAUUUUAUCUAUUUUUUCUAUUUUUAGAUGAUAAAAAAAACUAGUUUUAAAUUAUUUUUUAGGUGGUAAAAUACAAGUUUUAUUUUUUCAGUGGUAAAAAAUAAUUUUUCGAUUUUUUUAGGUGGCAAAAAACAAUUUGUCCUAUAUAUUAUAAAAAAAAACAAUACAUACUUACUGUACUGUAUCAUUGUUGAAUAUAUAU